GAAAGCGCGCACGGGCUGGCGAGGGCUAAACAGCGCGUGCGCGCGAGGUCACAACGAGGCGCGGAACGUCAGUGCGCGAGCCGCGGUCGCACCGUGGCCGCCGGUGCACGCGAGUGCGGACUUGGAACGCGUCGCGGGCCCAGAAGGCUGCAAACCCUUCGCCCUUUCUGUCCUUGUUCUUUUGCGGAUUUCCGGGCUUCCCUGCUCUUCCAAGAAUCAUUCUUGAGUGGGGCCUGGGAGCCGGCGAACGGUCCACGAUGAGCUGUAAGGCAAAGAGUCUGCUGGAGGCGAUAAAGUUCUCAGGAAAGGCUCUCGGUUUUGACAGAAGUUUGGAAAAGGUGACUCUUGUUUCUGCUGUCCCUGGGAAAGUGAUUUGUGAAGUGAAAGUAGAAGAGCAGCAUACCAAUAAAAUGGGCACCCUCCAUGGUGGCAUGACAGCCACUUUAGUGGAUGUCGUAUCAACAUACGCUCUGAUGUGCACAGAAAGGGGAGCACCCGGAGUCAGUGUCGACAUGAACAUAACGUACAUGUCACCUGCUAAAAUGGGAGAAGAUAUAGUGAUUACAGCACAUGUUCUGAAGCAAGGAAAAACACUUGCAUUUGUUUCUGUGGAUCUGAUGAACAAGGCCACGGGAAAAUUAAUAGCACAAGGCAGACACACAAAACACCUGGGAAACUGAGAACAGCAGGGUGACCUAAAGAAACUCAACAAUGAAUGUCCAGAGUAAAUCUGACUUGAACAAAUAUAAUUUUCAAAAUAAAUUAGCACAACCAGAA